CCCCUGUAUAAACUGACCUUUGACUUCUAAUGGCUGCCAUGAGGAAAGCACUAAUUGCUGCUCUUGUCGCUGCUUUUGCAGCUUUUAUUGGACAUCAAUACCUUAAAUUAAUGGAGUUCAGCCUUGCUUACAGAGAAGUGUCUGUGAAACACCUCAACUGUCAAUCCUUAAAGAAUAUAGAAUAUGGGGCAGAGGAUAUCACAAUACUAAGAGAUGGACUGGCCUUUAUAAGCACAGGGUUACAUUAUCCUGGAGGGCCUUCUUUCUCUGAUGAACCCGGGAAAUUGUACAUUUUGGAUCUCCUGCACCCUAAGCCAAAACCAGUGGAGCUCCAAAUCAAAGGAGAGCUUGACCUCAGCUCUUUUAACCCUCAUGGCAUCAGUGUGUACACUGAUGAAGCAGAUGACUCUGUUUACCUGUUUGUGGUCAAUCACCCUCAGUACAAAAGCCAAGUAGAGAUCUUCAAAUUUGUUGAAGAGAACACACUUGUGCACCUGAAAACUAUCAUCCACCCCCUCCUCCACAGUGUAAAUGACAUAGUUGCUGUUGGAGUCGAGAGCUUCUACGCCACAAAUGAUCACUCCUUUCCAAAUGAUGCACUUCACCUGACUGUCCUCCUGGGUCUCCGCUGGUGUGAGGUGGUCUACUACAGUCCCAAUGAAGUGAGGAUGGCGGCUAGCGGCUUCCUGAGUGCAAAUGGCAUCAACAUUUCUCCGGACAAACGGUAUAUUUAUGUUGCUGAUAGUAUAGGCCAUGACGUACAAGUUUUUGAGAGGAAAGAAGGGGAACAACUAGUGUUUGUUAAGUCUGUAGAUUUGGGGUCACUUUGUGAUAACAUCGAGGUGGACCACCGGACAGGUGACCUAUGGCUGGGUUGUCAUCCAAAUGGCAUGAAGCUUUUCAACUAUAACCCUAAAGAUCCCCCUGGCUCAGAGGUUAUCCUGAUCAAGAGCAUUCACUCGGAGCAGCCAGUGGUGAGCCAAGAGUACGCUGAUAAUGGCAAAGUGAUCAUGGCCUCCAGUGUGGCAGCUCGCUUUGAGGGAAAGCUGCUUAUCGGCAGUGUUUUUCACAAAGCCCUGUACUGUGAUUUGAAAUAAUCUGUGCAUUCUGUAGGCCUCACAAUGUUUAAACACAUAAGUUCUGUUUUUAAAAGAUCUGGCUAAAGAAACUGUAGGCCUGUUAAUAAAUGAAACUUUGAUUUGCCAUUUUAAAAAUGGGAGUAAUGUUUUACCUGAUGCGUACAGCAGCUCACUGAGUGUGGCUAAUGCAUAGACUGCAUGGUUUACAAGAUAAAGUAUAAACAUAUUUGCACUACAGCCUUAGUUUGUGUAGAACAAAAUCGUUUUGUUAUACAGUUUAUGAAAUGUAAAAGUUAUAAUGCCUGAAAAUUGUUAUAGAAAUUGCACUUGAAAUGUUUAAGUGUGAUAAAUUUAAUAAAUCCCAAUAAUAUAAUUCA